UAUUGUUAAUAUUCUGACUAUGGACUUCAAUAUACGCAGUUAUUUCCGAGGAAAAUGUAGAUGGGAAGAAAUAGGGAGUAAUGUAUGCUUCGCUUCAGCACGUAUGUCUGAGCAAGAGUGCCGAAAAGUUCGCGCGCCCCGGGAAAGACGAACAGCUGAUUGGAGCCGCCAAGCCACGCGCAAGUCCGCCAUUUUAAACUCUGCCUUCCUAGCAAGCAACUAGCGGUCUUGUCUAUAUUUUAUCUGCGAUUACAGCCUUACAUUGGACUAUAAGUCAACACUGGUCAUGGACGCACCGGUUUACAUGAACGGACUAAACAGCUUCAAUGAUAAGAAAUUCUCCCUGAAGAGAGUGCACGACAAAAAAGAGGAGCUAAACAAUCAGAUGAAACAGCUGGACGCGCUUGAAAAUUCCCUCUUACAGCAGCGCAAGGAUCUUGAGUACAUGGACGAGACUAUCAAAGGAUGGUCGACUAGUUUUGAUAAGAUGCCUCGUAAUAACCAAGGAGUUCCUUACGUUCGCAACGUGAAGGAAAUCUGCACUGGGAUUAACAGGCUGUUGAAUGACAUUCACGGAGAUUUUUACUUUAGAAUGCAAAACUUAGUAACUGCAGAUGUGCCAUGUUUUCAACAGGUGUAUGAGGGCCUGGAAACACUGAAGAAACACAUCACGAAGAUUCUACACGACGAGAAUGCGUACAAGGCUACCUUCAUCGAGGAGAUUCGACAGCUUUUAGGAAAGAUACGAGGGGUUACAGCUACCAUGCUAGAGGUUUACUUCACCGACAAAUAAACUGAACUUCAAGUGAAAAGAAAUAAAAUAAUGUAGAAGAAUUGAGAUUUUCUUAUCAUUAAGAAAAGUAUUAUUUAUUUAUAUUUAUGAUAAAACACAGGAUAAAACAAUCAGCCAUAUCAAGCUCAAGAGGAUUCUGUUCUUAUAAUUGAAAAACAAACAAUAAACGCCAAACAAAUUCGUUAUAUGUAAGAUUGUCACAUGACACAAUUUUAUGAAGACAGUAAACGGAUAUUGUCUCAUGUAUGUGAAAUAAAAAAGAGAAAAUAAGUUUUUUUCUUUAUUACCAUCAUUAAAGCCAAAUCUUAAGUGUUA